AUGGCCAAGCCAGCAGCAGCAGCGGCGGGGUUUUACAUUCGCCCGGGCACCUCGACCGACUUGCCGGCCGUACUCGACGUCUACAUGGCCUCCUUCGGCAACGACUGGACGAUCCAGAGGAUGCACCCGCGCCGCCGCGAGUUCCCGGACGACUGGCGCGCCUGGGCCCACCGCUUCUUCUACGCCCGCUACUGGGGCCCGGAGCAGCAGCUCUUUCACGUGCUGGCCGUCCCGGACCCGUCGUCCGCCUCCGGCGAGCGGGUCGUCGCUUUCAUGUGGUGGCGCCGCCCCUACCCCACACCCGAAGAGAAAUCGGCCGCGGAGGGCCCGCUCACCGUCCGCGGCUGGCUCAAGCCGGUCCUCCUCGGCCUCAACUCCCUGUUGGGAUACCUGUGGCCGCCGAGGUGCGCCGAUCCGGCGAUGGCGGACUUUUUCGAGGACACGCACAUCGCUUCGGACCCCAUCAAGAACGACCCGGAGCACCCGAGGCGCAAGAACGCGUGGUACCUUUCGACGCUAGCGGUCCACCCGGAGUUCCAGGGCAAGGGAUACGGGUCGCUGCUUGUGAGGGGGGGUCUGCAGCAGGUCGACAAGGAGGGCGUGCCGGCGUGGCUCAUUGGCCUCGGGGGCGUCGAGCCGUUCUACGAGAGGCUCGGUUUCGUCGUCAAGGGGCGGGCGAACGUCGGCAGGCUGGCGGACUGGGACGGCGGCGCCAUCAUGUACAGAGAGUAA